UAGAACAGUGCGCUGAUUGUUUAUUUUGCGGUAGGAUAAUCUGGCCAACGAAUUUUCCUGUUUUUGUUCUCCCAAAAUGUCUUACUUCUGGAAAUCUUUGCAACAGUCUAUCUUGACGAGAUUUGCGACCACUUUCUUGUUCCCUAUUCCAAUUGCACUUUCCGUUGGGGAAGGACCAUCUGAACCGAGGACAAGGGGACAGGCUGAUAAGAAGAGAGAAGAACUGUUGGCUUUGUGGAGUCAGUUUCUGAUUGAGGUACAGCUGUCUGGACCGGAUACUGAGCAACACAUCCGUGAUAAUUUUGAUCUUCAGGGCGUUAAAGACCGCCUGAAGAAGUCUAUCACGACUGUGGAGGUUGUGGCAGCCGGUACAGAGGCCUCCAAACUGAUUGCACAGGGGCGACAUGCUCUAGACCAGCUUGCUUUGAAGCAACUGGAAGAGAUUAUGGAAGCUACUCGUAAAGGGGAGGUGAAACCAGAAGUAAGUGAGGAAACGAUUGAUGCUAACAUCCAACAGCUCAUAGAUACUCUGGCUGCCGAAGAAAGAAAGAAGGAAGAAUUAGUCAGAAGAAGAGAACAGGAACAGCGAAGGGGACAAAAGGUUAAAGAGAUCAGACAAGUCAUAGGAACAGAAGUCGGUGAACAGACUGACAUGUCACAAACGUUGGCUCAUAUUGUGACAUAUCUUACCUUUCUAGAGGAGAAGAUUGAUAGACAGCAAAAUCAGUUGGAUGAAAUCACUGUUAGAUUGAGAACAAUUGCUAAUAUAGUGAAAGGUAAGAAUCAGAUUCGGGGAGAAAAAGAACAAGAAGAGAAGAAGGAGAAGAAAGAAGUAAAGAAGUUGAUGGGGGACGCAAUGAAGUCUGCUGGUCCCGUGAUAAAGACAAAUGGAAAUGGAAGUGGAUCCAAUGGAAAUGGAUCAAGCCAACCAUCCACUCCUCACGCUUCUCAUUCUUCUAAGUCUACUCCUAAAGAAACUCCAGAAAAGACAAGCGUUGAACCCGAAAAACCGAAGAAGAAAGAAAAGGUGAAGAUGAAGUUGCCGUUUACGUUUUGCAACAAGAAAGAAGAAAGUUUGUUGCUGUGGAUUGCAGAAAUCCAGACGUAUGUGAGUACCGCACCGGUCGAGCCGGAGUCCCAAGUCGCGUUCACCACUUCUUGCAUGGGUGGUGAGGCCAAGCAAUGGGUGUUGGCCGAGGCCAAUGCGCCGGGUUUCGAAGAUAACGGUGAGUGGGCAAAGACAUUGACGCUGAAACAGUUCUUGGCGAAAACCAGGGACCGUUUCCUUGACAAGACGACGACCGACAAGGCCUUUGACCAGUUGACGUCAAUUGGUCAAAACCAUUGGACGUCAGUUGAGGCUUUGUCCCGAGAAGUUGACCGAUUGCUGCAGGUUCCUGGAUUGGACUUGCAGGACAGCCAAGUGUUGUACAUCUAUUCCCGCGCGUUGCCUGAGCCCAUCCGGGGACACUUAGUCACUGAAGCAAAAUCCGGUAAGUACAACUACAGGCAAUUUCGUGACCUUGCCUUGCAAAGGGAACAGAUGACUUCUCAAGUCAAGAAUUCCUAUGCAGCGGUAGUAAAGUCUGGAGGAGGAGGAGGAAGACAGUACAAUGGGAAACGAGUUCUCUGGCGACAAAAGCGUCAGGACCACACCCUUGUCGUCUUUGAUGACGACACAGUGGAAAAGUGGCCUAACGAGGAGAAUGAUAACAACAACGACUCCGAGAAGGGGGAAGUCACUGCUGUUGUGGCCAAUAAGGGAGGACCACCCAGGAAAGGAGGGAAGAAACAAAGAGCGUUUCCAUGGCACCCUGUCAUUGCUGAUGGGAAGCCAUGGGUUGAAAUGGGUAUGACUAGAAAGACUUGGCAGGAGCGCAUGGACAAUGCGCAAUGUCUCAAGUGCGGCACAGCGGGACAUGUGAUCGCCUACUGCCCUCAGAUCCGGAACCCAAAAGCGAACAGCCAGUAGGAGUAGCAUCUGUUCCUACUGAGAUUAAGGGUAAGAAUGAACAGACAGGUAAGGCGCCUACGAUACCUUCCUACCCUUCUUCUCAAUUGGCAGAGGAUGAUUCUUCCUUAGCCCAUCAUCCAGACCGCCCUGAUAUUGUCUUAUGUUUUGUCUCUCUGGAUGACUCCCUUGAUGAGCUAGGUAACAAAUUGCUAGCAUUACG